CCGGAGCUCCUGGACGAGAAAUAUAAUGAGGUCUCCUCUUUUCUGGAACUUACCACUGCUUCCGCCCACUCUCUUCCCCCCUUGCGGCGGUCGGUGUUCCUCUUCUCCGUUCCAGGUUGGAGGAGGAGGACGAGAAUGGCGUUGGCGUUCGACGAGUAUGGGAGGCCGUUCAUCAUCCUAAAGGAGCAGGAGCGGAAGAGCCGGUUGAGGGGCUUGGAGGCUCAGAAGGCCAACAUCUCGGCCGGGAAGGCCGUCGCUCGGAUCCUCCGCACCUCCCUCGGUCCUAAGGGCAUGGACAAGAUGCUCCAGAGCCCCGACGGCGAUGUCACCAUCACAAAUGAUGGGGCAACAAUCUUGGAGCAGAUGGACGUUAACAACCAGAUUGCAAAGUUGAUGGUGGAAUUGUCCCGGAGUCAGGACUGUGAAAUUGGUGAUGGCACCACAGGAGUUGUUGUUGUGGCUGGUGCACUUCUAGAACAGGCUGAGAAGCUUCUGGAACGUGGCAUUCAUCCUAUUUGGAUUGCAGAGGGUUAUGAGAUGGCCUCUAGGAUAGCUGUGGAGCAUCUUGAGCGAAUAUCUCAGAAAUUUGAAUUCAGUGUUAGUAAUAUUGAACCUUUGGUGCAGACCUGCAUGACCACAUUGUCUUCAAAGAUUGUUAAUCGAUGCAAGCGUAUGCUAGCUGAGAUUGCUGUUAAGGCGGUUCUGGCAGUUGCAGAUCUCGAAAGGAAGGAUGUAAACCUUGAUUUGAUUAAAAUAGAAGGAAAGGUUGGAGGUAAGUUGGAAGAUACCGAGCUCAUCUAUGGAAUAACUGUUGACAAGGAGAUGAGCCACCCUCAGAUGCCAAAGAGAAUUGAAGAUGCGAAAAUUGCUAUUCUGACUUGCCCAUUUGAACCACCGAAGCCAAAGACAAAGCAUAAGGUUGACAUUGACACUGUGGAGAAAUUUCAGACCUUACGUCAGCAAGAGCAGAAGUACUUUGAUGAUAUGGUUCAAAAAUGCAAGGAUGUUGGAGCAACCCUCAUUAUUUGUCAAUGGGGUUUUGAUGAUGAAGCAAAUCAUCUUUUGAUGCAUCGGAAUUUGCCUGCUGUCAGAUGGGUUGGUGGUGUUGAGUUGGAAUUGAUUGCCAUUGCUACAGGUGGAAGAAUAGUUCCCAGAUUCCAAGAACUGACACCUGAAAAGCUGGGAAGGGCUGGACUAGUUAGAGAAAAAUCAUUUGGAACAACGAAGGAUCGGAUGUUGUAUAUUGAACAAUGCGCAAACUCAAGGGCUGUGACCAUAUUCAUUCGUGGUGGUAACAAAAUGGUGAUAGAGGAAACUAAGCGUAGUCUUCAUGAUGCGCUAUGUGUGGCAAGGAAUCUGAUCCGUAACAAUUCCAUUGUUUAUGGUGGUGGUUCAGCUGAGAUAUCUUGCUCGAUCGCCGUAGAAGCCGCUGCAGAUAGAUACCCUGGAGUCGAGCAAUAUGCUAUCAGGUCCUUUGCUGAAGCUUUAGAUUCUAUUCCGAUGGCUCUGGCAGAGAACAGUGGUCUCCAACUUAUUGAUACUCUCACUGCAGUCAAAUCUCAGCAAAUCAAGGAGAACAAUCCAUAUUGUGGCAUAGAUUGUAAUGAUGUUGGGACGAACAACAUGCAAGAGCAAAAUGUAUUUGAGACGCUGAUCGGCAAGCAGCAGCAGAUCUUGCUUGCAACACAGGUGGUGAAAAUGAUUUUGAAAAUUGACGACGUGAUCACCCCUUCUGAUUAUUGAUUGUAUUUGAGAGGCCAAAAUUUGUGGCAGAGUUAUGCGUUCAUGAGAAUCCAUUUAGCUAUGUGGAAGAGAAAGUUACAGUUGUUAGAUGAGUUUGGUGUCUGAAUCUGUUAUUCAUUUUUUGCUUUGGGUGCAACUUUUGUGCUGAGGUUAUGAUUUGUAGAUGGAGUUGUGACUCAAAAUUUUUCUAUUGCGUUUUUGGUGGUUUAUUUAACUGAUGUUAAAGCCAUCUUUGUUUUCUACUCAGAUUCUCGUAUGAGCUUAUCAUGGGAUUGUUUGUAACUACGAACUGGAGGAAGAUAUAUGGCACGGCAAGUAGUAUUUAAAUUUA